GGGGCCACACAUGCUCUCAGUAAGUCGACAAUCCUACCUGCGGUCCCUUUGGUAAAUCGCAAAAACUGGAAUAGAAAGGCGCUGGCUCGAGGAAAAUGAAAGGACUCACUCCGCUCCUGAUGAUGGCUUGCUUCGCCUCUCAGGCGUCCGCUGCGAGCUUCAAGGAUCUCGAAGCGAUGUUCAAGAGUCUCGUUGACGACACUGUUCCUCCGGAGAAACAGCAGAAAUUCAAGGAUGGCUUCGCGAACAUGAAAGGCUGCGUUUCUGCCCUGAUGGAGAAAAUUGACUUCAAAGUGGUCGAGACCUUGACGGCUGCAGUGACAAGCGCAGGGGUCGAGUGUGGCAAACAAGUUCAGGGUAUGAAUGAAUCACAGCAGCAAGAGCAGUUCAUGCCCUGUGUCAAACAACAACUGCAGGACGUCAUGAGCCGGAGGAACGACGCUGAAAAGGCUGCUUUCAUGCAAGCCAAAGACUGCCUCAUGGGCUUAUUCAAAUCCUCCUGA